GAAAUGCACCUUCUAGUCGGUCUGUCAACCGCCAAUAAACACAAGAAGAAAAGAAGAAGAAUUUUACUUGCUCGUUGCCACCAUCUGCAAGACGGAAGAGAAGAAAAAUGUAAAAAUGUAACAUUCUAAAAGACUAUAUACGGUCUGACCACCUAAAUAAUGGGAAAAGGCUGACUGAGUCCAUAAGAAGUGGGUGAAAGGGUUCUUUGGCAGGAUGAGGAAAACAAUGCACGCAUGCUGUGUGCCUUCAGGUAGGAGGUUCAUUGUACCACUUAUGGUUGUGGGCUUGAUUUCCACCGGCAUUCUAAAACUACCCAUGUUCAAUACCAGUCCAAAACCUGUCAUGGUGCUUGUAGAUCCUCAUCAUCGAGAGCGUGUCCAUUCCUUUGUCAGAAGUGUGUUAGCCAAAGAAUGCAGACCAUCAUUUACCAGAAGGAGGAUUGAGAGUAUUUAUUCUAGUUCUGUGGCUGAGCCAUUCUUACAAAAAAACAGCAACUUAACAGAACAAAUAUUUGAGUAUCCACCACCGUUUGGAUUUCGGAACCUGCAACACAAGCUGAAAGAAAUCCUGGAUCUCCUACCCAUUUCCUUGUCAGAGAAAACUGGAGGGCAUGAUUGCCGUCGAUGUGUUGUAGUUGGCAAUGGAGGCAUACUUCGAGGACUAGAGCUUGGGCCUCUCCUCAACCAGUUCAAUGUGAUCUUGAGAUUGAACAGUGGCCCAGUGAGAGAUUUCAGUAGAGAUGUUGGAAACCGUACUACUAUCAGGAUGAGUUAUCCUGAAGGCAGCCCAAAGAUCUGGGAAGAUGUAGAUCCUCAGCUCUGGUUUGUAGCUGUCAUUUACAAAUCUGUUGACUUCAACUGGCUUCAUGCUAUGAUCUCAAGAGCAACAGUAUCACUCUGGGACAAGCUGUUUUUCUGGCAGAAGGUACCUAAUAGCAUCCCAGUUGAUCCUUCAAGGUUCCGUAUACUGAAUCCAGAGAUCAUCAGGGAGACAGCAUUCAAACUCCUACAAUACCCAAAUCCUAAGCUUCGACGAUGGGGCUGGGAUCAGAAUAUUCCCACCUUAGGGGUAUCUGCUGUUAACCUGGCAACUUACUUGUGUGAUGAAGUCAGUCUAGCAGGCUUUGGCUACAACCUUAGCCAGAAGGAGAUGCCACUGCAUUACUAUGACAACCUACCGAUGACUACUAUGUUAAAGCAAGCUAUGCACAAUGUGGACCAUGAGACAGUUUUUCUCCAGCGAUUGAUUGCAGCUGGAAGCAUUCUGGACCUUACUGGGGGGGUACAUUGCAGUUUUUGUUCAACAUAAAGCCACUUUGCACUAAUGUUGGGAUAUUUUGACAGCCUAAAGAUAGAAAACAGUGUUUUCAUUGUAAUUAAUACAUUUUUUUCUGUUUCAUUGUUCUGAUUAGACAGGUGUUAUUGUAUUAUUGUGAUUAUGAACAGUGUAUUUUGAUUAUUGUGUAUUUUAAUAAUUACCAUGAACUUUAUUUGCAUUUUAAUUUCACACACAUACACUGCCUGGCUAAAAAAGUCACAGUAUUUCGUUGGACCACCUUUGCUUUGAUUAUGGCACACAUUCACCAUGGCAUAGUUUAGAAAAGCUUAUGCAAUGUCAUAACAUUUGUUUCCAUACAGAGUUUUAUUAAUUUCUUGCCAAGAUCCUGUAUUGAUAAUGGGAGAGUCAGACUGCUGCUUAAAGUCUUAUUCAGCACAUGCCAAAGCCUCUCAAUGAGGUCUGUAUUCUGUGGCAGCAAACCCAUGUGUGAAAAUGAUGCUCCUGCUCCCUGGACCUGUCUUUUACAAUUGAGCCAGAUGAAUCCUGGCAUUGUCAUCUUGGAAUGCUAAAUGGAAAAACCUGGUCACCUAGUAUAUUUAGGUAGCCAGCUGCCCUUAUAUUUCAGGCACAUAAUAUUGCUGAUCUAGACCUGACCAACUAAAGCAAUCCCAGAUCAUCACACUGCCCUCGCAGACUUGUACAGUAGGCACUAGGCAUUAUGGGCCACAUAAGUGAUACUUCAUAAGGCUACACAAUGUUUAGUCCCAGUCCCUUGAGUUCUUUUCACUUUUUGCAUUUUAAAUGCUCUUACUUUCACUAUUAAUCAUAGCUUUGAGUUCUACUGUUGUUGUUUUUUUUUAACUAUUUAAUUUCACCAGAAGGAAGGCUCUUACCUACUUGUUUAGUUAAAUCCAGGUGGUGACUUUUUUCCAGGUGGUGACGGGAUGUUUUUCAGUCUUCACCUAUUUGGUACUAAUUAUUAAUACUCUGACUACGGCAUGGUUGUUAGUACCAGGCUGGUUUAAGUGACAGAUUUUCCCUAUUUUAAUGUUUGACGUGAACAUUACAUGACCUGUAUCGGUAUGAUUUUAUGCAUUGUGCUGCUACCACAUAGACUGACUGGAUAAAUGCAUAAAUGUGCAAAUAUGGCAUGUUUUUCAAUAAACCUAAUACAUCUUAA